AGCCGAGUCAUAACGUUUACAUCCAAAUAGUCGAAUGUUAUUUCUGAAACAAAGACAACACACCGUAGGCUACAGUAGAUGGAGUAGAUAUUUUUUAGGGCUUUUACUUUGAUAAAAUAUUUUAGUAGUGUAAGGCAAAUAAAGUCGAUUUUAGUAAACUGACAAAAUACGUUUCCAAUAAGUUAACCAUAAAAACCAUGCCCUAAUAAAAACCAACAACCCACAUGUAAUUUAAAAGCCAUGUCUGACCAUAGGUGUCUGACCAAUUAUCCCACAACCCUCGUGAUGUCAAUGAGUGUAGCCUAGGUAGUCCUGGCAAGCGCCUGACGAAAUUUUGUUUGGCUUGUCAAUGAGUGUUUCUCUGUAUUGCACGUCCUUCAGUCCAGUAUCUGACUUAUCAUUUGAGUAUCGGUGAUUUCAUUUCAGUGUUUAAGUCACCAUCUGCUGCUUCGCACGCAGCUUGUGACAUCAAAGACCGUGAGGGAUUCGGCUGGCUCGUGGAGGACAUCUGGACAACUUUAUGCACGAGAUGGAAUGCAGAGUGUUGUCGAUCCAGAGUCAUGUCGUGAGGGGGUAUGUGGGGAACAAAUCGGCAUCAUUUCCACUACAGGUCCUGGGCUUUGAGGUGGACUCCAUAAACUCAGUGCAAUUUUCCAAUCACACAGGCUACUCCCAUUGGAAGGGGCAGGUCCUGACAGCUGAUGAACUGCACGUCCUCUAUGAAGGCAUCAAACUCAACAAUGUCAAUCACUAUGACUACGUCCUCACAGGCUACACUAGAGACACAUCUUUCCUGGAGAUGGUGGUCGAUAUUGUACAGGAGCUGAAGAGGGCCAAUCCUAAUCUUGUGUAUGUGUGUGAUCCAGUUCUGGGGGAUCAUGGUUCCAUGUAUGUUCCGCAGAUCUUGCACCCUGUCUACAAGAACAAGGUGGUUCCUGUCGCUGACAUCAUCACCCCCAACCAGUUUGAGGCUGAGUUGCUGACGGGGAAGAACAUCAGCACAGAGAAGGAUGCAGUUGAGGUGAUGGAUCUGCUGCAUCAGAUGGGUCCAGAUACAGUGGUGAUCACCAGCUCAGACCUGCCAUCGCGUCUAGGAGACCGCUUCCUUGUGUCACUGGGCAGUCAGAGAAUCGUAAUGCCUGAUGGAACUCGGAAGACUCAGCGUAUUCGCAUGGAGGUGCCGAAGGUGGACGCAGUGUUUGUGGGCACAGGUGACCUGUUUGCAGCCAUGCUGUUGGCCUGGACGCACCACUUCCCCACUGACCUCAAAAUGGCCUGUGAAAAGACUUUCUCUGUCAUGCACCAUGUCAUAAAGAGGACCAUCUCCUAUGCCCACAAGAUGGCGGGCCCAGGCAGACGACCCACUCCGGCCCAGCUGGAGCUGCGCAUGGUUCAGAGUAAAGCAGACAUUGAGGACCCGGCCAUAGUCAUUGAGGCCACCGUGCUAUAAGCACCCACACCCCACCCCAUCCCACAACCGCACAAUGUAUAGAUGUUGUACAUUCUGAUGUGUAUUGUGACAUUUGCCUUAGGAUCUAACAGAGCACAACGUUUCCAUGGAGGAAAGAAGGCAGGGUACAGUCACAUUGGGAGUAGAGAAGAGCCAAGUGAGGGGAAGAAAGAUGCUUCUUUCUCUCUCUCUUUGUCUUUCUCUCUCUCUCUCACUCACUCCCUCCAUGUCUGUAUUUUUCCUCUUUUUAUAUUUCUCCUGGCCCCCUACAGACCCCUCAGCCCCCCCUACACACAGGGACUCGACGGCCUGACCUGAGCCAAAUAGUUCCCCUAACUCAGGCAGGCCCACACAAACCAGGCCUGCCCCGAGUCACCACACCAAUGGGCCAUUGGUCCAGUGGACCAGUGGCAAAUACGUGCCAGUGGUCCAGUGGCUAAUGUAUGCUAAUGGACUAAUGGCUAAUGCAUGCCAGUGGGCUAUUGGCCAAUGUAUGCUAGUGGACUACUGUGUGUCAGUGGUCCAGUGGCUAAUGCAUGCUAAUGGCUAAUGCAUGCCAGUGGUCCAAUGGCUAAUGCAUGCUAGUGGCUAAUGCAUGCCAGUGGUCCAGUGGCUAAUGCAUGCUAGUGGCUAACGCGUGUGCCAGUGGACUAGUGGUUAAUACAUGCCCCGGAGCUAAUGCGUGCCAGUGGGCUAGUGACUCGUGUGGCUCCUCCUUAGGAAUGUUGGGUCAGAGAGAGAGGCUCCAACUUUACACUCCUCAAAAAGAUCCAGUACGAGCAGGGUGCUCUGUGAUUGGUGGAAAUCAGCAUGUCUGAGAGCUCCCUCACCAAUCAGAUCACAGGCAUCAUGGGUGCAUGAUCCACCAUAGGAGGGCUCUGGACCUUGUUGCCUAGCAAAGGAGACUUUAAAUGUACAUCUCUCACCUGUGAACUUUCGUGGCAAUCAUAACUGGCAUUGCCAUGGUAACAUGAUUGAACCAUACUCAUGUGUGUCCACAGGUGUCACUAAAUCGCUUAUGUCUUAAUUCCGUUUUUAUCUCCAUGAUUUUGCUCUGAUUUCAUUUUGUGAUCGUGAAUUUUUAAUGAAUCUGAAUGAUUCUUGAAUAUCUGGUACAUUUCAGCGUCUGAUCAAUCUGUCUUUCAUUUUCAUGUUUUUUAUGUUUUUUUUUUAUUCAUUGUAUUUGCAAUGAUAAUCUAUGACGUGUAAAUAGUAAACAUAAGUAAUGCAUUCUAAUCAUAAACAAUUUUUUAUUUUCAUAUCUCAGAGAUUUAAAAGACUGAGGCUGAGGGGGUUUCUGGCCUCAGUGAGUUGUAAUUGUGCUAUAAUGGUGCCAAAGCUGUAGAGGGCGCUCUCCAGCCUCACAGCAAGUCAGACAUGAGGGCAGCAAUUUACCAAUCCCAACCCAAUACUCAACCCUAACCCCAAACAACACACUUACUCAAAUACCGUGCAGUGUAGCAACAUAAUGUGUUUUCCCUUUGGAAAGUGCUUCGUAUAUGUAAGUAUACUAACUCCAAUAUCAGCCCCAACCCAACACCGUACACUAACUUCAGUAGUUGCAGUACAGUAACCUCAUGCAGGAUACUUACCCCAGCUUAGUAAACUAACCCCGAUAUAACACAGUACACCAACAUGUUUUAGUACACCAACACCAAUAUGCUGUAUACUUCCCCUAGUGCACAGUUCACAAAUGCAACACAUUUCAUUAACCCCAACAUGCCUCUCACUUGGGCUGUCAGAGCAAACCUCACUAUUCAGAUAUAUAAAUAUUUUUAAGAGAUUAAUAUAUUUUAAAUAUUUCCUUCUGUUGACCUUUCUUCAAUAUUUAUUUAGUUGGAAGGGUGUAAACAUGGAACAGUCCAGAAAGAGGCCUUUCCUAAGAGGAUCACAUGCACGCACACACACACACACACACACACACACACACACAGCUUGCACAUGAAAUACCCCACUACUCUCUCCCACUACCCAGACUGCACUGAGCGACUGUGUGUCCUGUAGAAAGCACUGACAGCACGAGUAUUUUCUGUUGGCUAUCGCCUGUCCAUGACCUGGUGAAAAUUGCCAACUGCUGUGUUAGUAGGCAGAGUCAGUGGACAGAGUAGCGUUCUAGAGUGAAACAAGUAGAAUGGCUUGUUGAUCGGAUCCACUGCAAGGCAGGUUUUAUAUGCUAUUUCCCAAAUGUUGCGGUUUAGACUUUGUGAGAGGUAAUAUCUAAAUAUCUGUUGAUCAUUUUUACCAUUUUUAUUGCAUUUACCAUGUUGUUCUCUGGGUUGUGAAACACAUGCCAUCCAUCUCAGGGCAGGUGUUUCUGUAAGAACAGGAAGUGGGAUGCUGUGUCUGACUGCUCUUCUUACACACACAGAUAAGCACCUCUGCCCAGUCACAGUGCUGCCUGUGAAGAACAGACUCCAGUAAUGGCCUCUCAUUAGCUGAGUGACCAUGGGUUACGCUAGUGAGGUGAUAUUGCUGCUCUAGAUGUGUGCGUGUGUGUCCAGCAGGAGGAAGAAGUGAUGGUGGACUUUUUAAACAAUAGAGCAUGGAUGAAUGAUGUGACAUAUAAGAGAGCAUGGAUGAAUGAUGAGAAAUGAAAGAGCACUGAUGAAUGGAUUGAGGGGGACAUACUUGAAGAGGGUGUAGCGCAGUGAGGCCUACGGCCCUGGCGGAUUCUGGUUCAGAACCCUCAGACACAGCUGGCAACACACAGGCCCCAAGGAGCAUCUCUGCCAAUAUUAGCACUGCCACCAGAGGAAUGUGUGUGUGUGUGGAACCAAAAUGAAUCUGUCAGGUGUAUGUGCAGUUGGGGGCUGCAGUGGCUUUGCGUGAAAAUUGUUUUGUCACAUCUAUCUGUGUGCGAUCUGGGUGGGAUUAGUCAGGUCUGGCUGCGCAAGCCCAGGCAGCAGUCAGAGGGUGAAUUUUGAUGUCCCCCCUCACGGACUUUGAUGUGCGUUCCUGCUAACCUCGUGAGGGCUUAGGGCUGUCCCAUUGUAAAAUUGUGGCUCGCUCGCACCCUCUCUGUGCCCUUUCCGUAAAUCGGCAUUUAUGCAGACUUUACUCAAGAGAAUUACCAACAAUUCAUAGGGUUGUGACGUGAAAGACAGGGUUACCUAAAGGGAAGCUGGAAGCUUGAGAAAACAUUGGUAAAUAACUGCCGUAAAUCGGAAACGGAAAUGUGUUUGCAACAUGUUUUUGCUGUUAUUGCAAUUUGCAAUUUAACAAUACGUUAACAGGUGCUGUCCCAUUCCUGAUAUUAGCAUUUUUAACCCUUACCCUAACCCUUUAACCCUCUCAAACUCAAACACUUCUCAACAUAUUUCCUUGAGGGUUCAGGGCUAAAACCUUUGGGGAGACUUCAAUAUUCAGCCCAAGAGUUUCACUGAUGGGAGGAACAUGACCAUGACAUGGCUCAGGUGUGUGUGAGCGCCUGUGUAGCGCCAAGUGUGUGUGAGCUCAGUAUAGUCUUGUAGGAGUGCAUUUACUGUAUUUGUGCACUCUUGCUGUGAUUUGUGUAAAUGGAUUUGAUGGAGCCAUUCUGACUUACCAUGGCUAUUAAUUGCUUACUUACUGACCAAGGUAACAUGGAGAGCGCCCCCUGGGGGGAGUAGAGGGCUCUUGCCCCACUACAGCAUUUAGGUUAAUCUGUCACUCUGUCCCACCCUUUCUGUUUAAUGAAUUUGCCAUAGGUCCCGUUUUAAGUGGUGGUGUGUGUUGGUCGCUGAGUGUGCUAUGUGUGGUGUGUGUUGGUCAUUGAGUGUGUUAAGUGUGGUGUGUGUUGGUCAUUGAGUGCGUUAAGUGUGGUGUGUUGGUUCAAGGAGUGUUUUAAGCAGCAGUGGGACCAAACUGUUGACGGGAUGGCUCCCCCUGCAGGUGACCCUGAGAAAUGAUGCUGUAUUUUCCCCCACAACCCUUUGUGAAAUGCUCAGGCCCAUGAGAAGGAGAGAAGAUUGACUGGCGAAACAAAUAAUUAUAUUAUAGAUAAGAGUACUUACACAGUCGUUCAACUUGAAAAUGUUAGGAUGUAGAUAGAGAUUAUUUUUUGUGUCUAAUGGUCUUUCCAGUGAUUGGUCUCUACUUCCUGUAUUCCUUGUGUACAGACCGCUGUGUUUAGCCUAGUGUUGACCUUUUCCCAGUGUUCCAACUCUCUUGGUAAAAUCCCUGUGCUGUGUGUGUGCUUUACCGAUGACAGACAAGUCCCGCCCACCCUCCCGCUAGUGAACUCCCAGAUGAUGUCAGCACAGAGGGCUGAGUCUCAGGUCCUGGCCUCCCCACUCACCAUCACCUUUGACCUCUGACCCCCUGACCCCAACGCUCCUUACUCUGUAUCUGUGUCUGUCUUUUAGCAGUUCAAACAGUGAUCCAUCUGCUUGGCUUUCUGUUAUGUUAUUCCUCAGUUCAUUAUCCGGAAGGUUAUUUUUUUGUUUCUUUCUUUCUUGAAUGGGGAAAAAAAGCGAUGAUCCUAAGCGAUGAUCUUAAAAAAAUCCUAACAUGAAAACUGUUCUAACUGUUUGGUAAAGUUUUUAGUGCUUCGUUUUUAUAACAUGUUACAAUGAUGAUUGUAGUGUACAAAUCCACAUUUAUAAUCUAUGUUACAAUGCAAUAAAGGUAGAGUAAUGACUAA